UUAAGGAAAACGAGAAGACACAGUAAGGCAUUAAGCAGUGGAUACAACUCUUCAUAGCAUGAGAGCACAUCACAGCUAAAAUCCAUGAUAAUUAUAAAUGACAGAAAUGGUGGGAGUCAAGAGAAGGGUAGAUCAGUGCGUAGGGGUUAGGAGGAGACUAGGACACCACUCAAAUGCUUGCCUUGCUUCCCACGCAAUCUUUUCUACUUUCCAGUACAGCAUCACCCAUGAGAUCCCUCCCCCUUUUGUCUCUUUUAAUAUCUUUCAUUGUGCCUAUUCGUAUCCAUUACUGGCACUGCCAGACAGUGGUGCAGUAACAAAUCUCUUUUAUCUCGACGUUCUGCUUGCAUACUUUUAGUAGCCAGAGAAAAAGGGAGAGAGUGAGCAAAAGAAACCGCUCUGAAUCGAGUUUCUUUGGGGGCUUAAGAUCUUGUUCUUACCGUUAAGGACCUUGAGUUCUCAAAGGUUUUUUUUCGGUUCCCUCCACAGCACUUCCGAAAGUAAGAACCCCAAUGAUAUACUUGCUAACCUUGUUCUUUUCUCCUCUUGGUCUUGCUUGAUUCCCCUGUUUGUUGAUCGUUCUUUUGUUUUUACCCGGAAUGUGAGAAAAUUCAGCUUUCUUGGAGAAUUUUGACCUUUUGCCUGGGUUUCUGAUCUGGAUUUCUUCGUCUGGUUUUGGUGAGUUGAACUUCCACUUUCUUGGUAAAUUUGUUGAACUUCUUAGAUAAUUCUUAGAUGGAUCAAGAUCAAGAACAGAGGCAUCUGUGCAAGCUCUGCAAUAAGAGUUUUCUGAGUGGCAGAGUCUUGGGAGGUCACAUGAGGUGUCAUAUGAGCAAGAAUCCAUCCAAAAGACUGAAAAAGGUGAUUAAAAGCAACAUGGAUCUUGAAGGCGAUGACCAUGCUGGUUAUGGCUUAAGAGAAAACCCUAAGAAGUCUUGGAAGUUUUCACGCUCAGACAAGGGUACUUCAGGGCAAGAAAUUGUAUGUAAAAUGUGUGGCAAAGAGUUUGAGUCACUGAGAGCUUUGUUUGGUCACAUGAGGCAUCACUCAGGAAGACAAAGAAGUAGAAUUCACUGUAAAGAAUGUGGCGAAGGGUUUGCGUCACUGAGAGCUCUCACCACCCACAAGAAGAGCCACUCUGAAAGAAUUGAGGCAAGCGUUGAAUCAUGGACUAGUUCAAGCCAGCAGAUGGAGCUAAACAACCAAUCGAACAGUGAAAACCUGGGGCUGGUGCGGAGGAAGAGAUCAAACAGAAUGAGGUACAAGAUUUGUCCAAACUCUUCGUUUUCUAGUUUAAAUGUAUCUUUUUCCUCGAAGGAAAUUGAGCCAGAAGUAGCUGAGGUAGCUAUAUGCUUGGUGAUGCUGUCUAGAGGUGUAACCAAUUGGGAUGUAUUUUGCUCAGUUACUGAGUCCUCCGAUAAUGAUUCUGUGGCUUUUGAGGUCAAGUCAUCUGGACAAACUAAGCGAAUUGCCAAUGAUGAUAAGGGUGGGAUUUUUGUUCCUUGCGAAGUUGAUAAUUCUUUCAAGACGAAGAAACAAAGGGUGAACGAUUCCGAUUCUUAUGCUUCACAUUCUAAGGUUGUCUUAGCUGAUAAAAGAGUGUCCGAAUUUUGUGAAAAUGACUCUGGGUUUGGAAGUGCUGAAGAAAAGAAGUUUGGAUUGGAAGUUCCUGUUGACAAGUUUUACAGGGAUGCUGAAUACAAGAUGCCUAAACUGGAUGACGUGUCCGGGGGUGAAAUAGAAAAGGACAGUCAUAAUGAGAUGAAGAUCAAACCCACUGAAGUAGAAUGGGAAGAAGCUUUCCCAGAAGGUGAUGGAUUGGAUCCAGCUGAUUCGGGAUUUGUGAAGCCUGGUUUAAGCAAUAAAACAAGGAUUGAUGCUUGCGAUGCUCUGUUGAGGGGAAACUCUUGCAAGAUGUCUACUUCUGACGCUGAAAUCCUAAAUAAUUCUUGGAAGAAAAAUCAAUAUAAGUGCAAGACCUGCAACAAGAACUUCCACUCUCAUCAGGCACUUGGAGGCCACCAGUCAAUACACAGACCUAAAAAUUCGUCUGAAUUGAAAAGUCAGAACUGUGAAAAAAGCAGCCGGGGUGACACUGUUACUGAAACUGAGGGUAGCUGCAAGCUUAUCAAUAUUGAAUGCAAGGAGAAUUUGGUGGAACAGGAGAGGAGUGGGGGGUCUCUGGCAAGUUAUGAGUUCAGGGAGACCAAGGAACACAAGUGCGAUCUCUGCUUUAAGGUUUUUGCAUCAGGCCAAGCUUUGGGUGGUCACAAGAGGGCUCAUUCGAUUAAAAACUCUGAGACCACAGCUGAAGAGACUGUGGUAAUAAAGCAACAAAUUUCUACUAUCUGUGAUUUGGUUGACCUUAAUAUCCCAAUUAUUCUUGAAGAAGAGACCAACGCUGAUGUAGGAAUCAAGUCAUGGUGGGUUGGAAAUGAUCAGAAGCAUGAACUGACAGUGGGUCUACUCCCUAGUUGAGAAAAGCGAUUUCCAUUGAUGGAUACCAUGUAGUUUCUAGUGGCUUGGAUUGCAGAUUUGAAGAUAACCCAUGUAGAGGCGAUGCUUCCCCGCAACGUUGGAUAGGCCAUGGGGGCUAAUUUUUGUUCCCCCUUCAUAUCUUCAUUUGUUUGUGACGAAUUUCCAUAAUUGGUGAUGAAGAUCAUUCAUACAUUUUUCUUUUGGAA